UCCCACUUGCAGCCACACUUAUCGCACACGUAAAAGGAAAAUAAAUUUCCCCGGUUUUCCAAAAUGCCGAAAAAGAAAACUGGACAGCGAAAGAAGGCCGAGAAGCAAAAGCUGCGCCUCAAGGAGAUCCGCAGCCGCGAGGUGCCGCUGGCCGAUCUGCCCUGCAAUGCCCCGAUGGAGUGCGACAAGUGCGAGAAGAAGCAGAAGUCGCGAGCUUUCUGCUACUUCUGCCAGAGCCUCCAGCGCCUGCCCAUUUGCGCCCAGUGCGGCAAGAUCAAGUGCAUGCUGAAGACGGGCGAUUGUGUGGUGAAGCAUCCCGGCGUCUACACCACCGGCCUGGGCAUGGUGGGCGCCAUCUGCGACUUCUGCGAGGCUUGGGUGUGCCACGGCCGCAAGUGCCUGCAAAACCACGCCUGCACGUGCCCGCUGCAGAAUGCGGUAUGCCUGGAGUGCGAGCGCGGGGUGUGGGAGCAUGGUGGACGCAUCUUCAAGUGCUCCUUCUGCAAUGGCUUCCUGUGCGAGGACGACCAGUUCGAGCACCAGGCCAGCUGUCAGGUGCUGGAAUCGGAGAACUACAAGUGCCAGUCGUGCAACCGACUGGGCCAGUACUCCUGCCUGCGCUGCAAGACCUGCUACUGCGAGGAUCAUGUGCGCCGCAAGGGCUUCAAGUACGACAAGAACAAGGCCAUUCCCUGCCCGAAGUGCAACUACGACACCUCGGUUACCAAGGAUCUGAGCAUGUCCACGCGCUCGCAUAAGUUCGGUCGCCAGCAACAGGGCGGUGGCAGCGACGACGAGGAGGGCUACGGCGGCUACUACGGUGCCGGUGGCAGUGGCUACUAUGGCGGUGGAGCCAGCGGCGGUUACUCCUACGGCGAUGAUGAUGAUGAGGAUGAGUCCGAUGGCGACUACGAGGAUGAUAGCGAUGAAGACGACGACGAGGAUGAUGAGGAGGAUGAAGGCGAGACCACCGAAAGCGAGCCGGAGAAGGAGAAGGAUAAGGAAGCUGGCAAGAAAGCCGCCAAAUAAGGUCAUCGGGGUUGUGGAAACUGUUAAAAUCUGGCCUUUGAAUGACCCACUUAGUGAGUUCCUGGGCUGUGCACUCGUUGCUCUAAAUGUUUAAGUGAAUAAAUUCUUUGUCAGAACGUAAA